UGCCAAGACUCCUUUGGCUGAAAUGGGGAUGUUCCAAGCCCUGGACAUUACGUUGCGAAGGAAGGAAUGUUUAAGCAUGACUCAGUCAAAGCAGCGAAGACUUCUGUAAGACAUGGAUAGAUGCAAACAUGUUGGGCGACUACGACUCGCCCAGGACCAUUCUAUCCUGAACCCCCAGAAGUGGCGCUGUGUGGACUGCCAGACGACAGAAUCUAUCUGGGCUUGUCUGAAAUGCUCCCAUGUAGCCUGUGGGAGGUACAUUGAAGAACAUGCACUUAAACACUUUGAAGAAACCAGACAUCCAUUGGCAAUGGAAGUUAAUGAUCUUUAUGUCUUUUGUUACCUUUGUGAAGAUUAUGUCUUGAAUGAUAACCCAGAGGGAGAUCUGAAAUUGCUAAGAAGUUCUCUUUUGGCAAUUAGGAGUCAAAAACAUGAUCCAUCAACAAGAAGUGGUAGGACAUUGCGAUCAAUGGCUUUUGGAGAGGACAUGUGCAGCCAUCAAAGGACCCCUCAGGGACAGCCUCAGAUGCUUACGGCUCUCUGGCACAGGCGCCAAUCUUUGCUCACAAAAGCGCUGCGGACCUGGUUUGGUAAGAGCUCCAGAGGCCAGCUAAAAUUAGAACAAAAGAAACAAAUGGAAGAGUUGGAGAAAAAGAAGGAAGCAGCUAGGCAGCGGCGGCAGGAGAUGAAGAGACAACUUCUGGAGGAGUUAGCAAACACCCCUCCAAGGAAGAGUGCAAGGUUGCUGUCUCAUGUGCACAGAGAGAACUUGAUUCCAAGGAAAUUCAGAGAGGUGGCAACCACUUCCCCUACCUCAAGGCGAAUACAGAGCAGCAGAUUCAAACAAUUUUAUUCCAUACGGCGUAAGCCUCUGAUGACUCCCGGGGUGACGGGUCUAAGGAACCUGGGAAACACAUGUUAUAUGAAUUCUAUUCUGCAAGUGCUAAGUCACCUCCAGAAAUUUAGAGAAUGUUUUCUGACACUUGAUCUCUGUGAAACAGAAGAACUCUUAGCCAAAACUGUGAAUGGGAAGUCUAGGAUGCCUGGCAAAUUGGCAAAUGGAUCUGCUGCUAAUGAGUCAGGAAAGACUGAUAAAGUAGGCUCAUAUGGCGCACACAGCUUGCCAGCUGGCUUAAAUGGUGGCUCCUCAAUAAGCAGGAGUUUAGAACUAAUACAACCCAAGGAACCAAGUUCAAAGCACAUCUCCCUCUGCCAUGAAUUGCACACCCUCUUCAGAGUGAUGUGGUCUGGCAAGUGGGCGCUCGUGUCCCCAUUUGCCAUGCUGCACUCUGUGUGGAGUCUGAUCCCAGCAUUUCGAGGUUACGAUCAGCAGGACGCUCAGGAAUUCCUAUGUGAGUUAUUGGACAAAGUGCAGCAGGAGCUGGAGUCGGAAGGAACAAAACACAGGAUCCUCAUCCCUUUCUCACAAAGGAAGCUCACGAAGCAGGUCCUGAAGGUGGUGAACACCAUUUUUCAUGGGCAGCUACUCAGUCAGGUCACCUGUAUAACAUGCAACUACAAAUCCAACACCGUUGAGCCCUUUUGGGAUCUUUCCCUGGAAUUUCCGGAGCGCUAUCAUUCUAUUGAGAAAGGGAUUGUCCCUGUUAACCAGGCAGAGUGCAUGCUGACAGAAAUGUUGGCCAAGUUCACGGAAACUGAAGCUCUGGAAGGGAGGAUAUAUGCAUGCGACCAAUGCAACAGCAAACGACGAAAGUCUUCUCCUAAACCUCUUGUUUUGAGUGAAGCUAGAAAACAGUUAAUGAUUUACAGACUACCUCAGGUCCUCCGACUGCACCUUAAACGAUUCAGGUGGUCUGAACGCAAUCACCGUGAGAAGAUUGGGGUCCAUGUCCUCUUUGACCAGGUAUUAAACAUGGAACCUUACUGCUGCAGGGACUCUAUCUCCUCUCUUGACAAAGAGACCUUUGUCUAUGACCUCUCCGCUGUGGUGAUGCAUCACGGGAAAGGGUUUGGCUCAGGACACUACACAGCAUAUUGCUACAACACGGAGGGAGGUUUUUGGGUCCACUGCAAUGACUCCAAACUGAAUGUAUGUAGUGUGGAGGAGGUGUGCAAAACCCAGGCCUACAUUCUUUUUUACACGCAAAGAACAGUACAGGGCAAAGCAGGAAUCUCAGAAAAACAACUCCAAGCUCAGGUGCCAUCCAAAAACAGCGAUAAGGACGGAAGACUGACAUUUCCAUGAUGGGAAGCACUAUAACUCAAUCAACAGUCUCAGUUUUUUAAAACUAUGGGUGUUCACAUCUUUCCUCUAUAGGAAAAAAGACUUGCUGCAGGAAUGGAUCAGAUCAUGAUGUUUGCCACCCAGGGUCUGGAAAAGUCUUAUCAAGCUGUGCAGUUCU